AAUGCCAAAGCCAGCUAUGACUUCAGCAGUAAUGACCCCUACCCUUACCCCCGCUACACAGAUGACUGGUUUAACAGCCAUGGGACAAGGUGUGCGGGAGAGGUGUCUGCUGCUGCCAACAACAACAUCUGCGGUGUGGGAGUUGCGUACAACUCCAAGGUGGCAGGUAUUCGUAUGCUCGACCAGCCAUUUAUGACAGACAUUAUUGAGGCUUCCUCUAUCAGUCAUAUGCCUCAAGUCAUAGAUAUAUAUAGUGCCAGCUGGGGACCAACUGAUAAUGGAAAGACUGUGGAUGGACCUAGAGAACUAACACUGCAAGCAAUGGCAGAUGGUGUGAACAAGGGCCGAGGUGGCAAAGGAAGCAUCUAUGUCUGGGCCUCUGGAGAUGGGGGCAGCUACGAUGACUGUAACUGUGACGGUUAUGCAUCGAGCAUGUGGACGAUCUCCAUCAAUUCCGCUAUAAAUGAUGGACGGACAGCUCUAUAUGAUGAAAGCUGCUCUUCAACCUUAGCCUCCACCUUUAGUAACGGGAGGAAGAGAAAUCCGGAGGCUGGUGUGGCUACAACGGACUUAUAUGGCAACUGCACCCUGCGUCACUCAGGAACGUCUGCAGCUGCCCCUGAAGCAGCUGGAGUGUUCGCCUUGGCCCUGGAGGCUAACUUGGAUCUGACAUGGAGAGACAUGCAGCACCUGACAGUGCUCACCUCCAAGAGGAACCAGCUUCACGAUGAGGUUCAUCAGUGGCGUAGAAAUGGCGUUGGGCUGGAAUUCAACCAUUUGUUUGGCUAUGGUGUCCUAGAUGCGGGAGCAAUGGUUAAGAUGGCGAAAGACUGGAAGACUGUUCCCGAGAGAUUCCAUUGUGUUGGAGGGUCAAUACAGGAACCUGAAAAGAUACCACCAAGUGGCAAGCUGGUCCUCACACUUACAACUGAUGCUUGUGAGGGGAAGGAAAACUUUGUCCGAUACCUUGAGCACGUCCAGGCGGUUAUAACUGUGAAUUCCACGAGGCGAGGAGACCUCAACAUCAACAUGACCUCGCCAAUGGGAACAAAGUCCAUUUUACUGAGCCGGCGUCCCAGGGAUGACGACUCCAAGGUGGGUUUUGACAAAUGGCCUUUCAUGACCACACACACUUGGGGAGAAGACCCCCGAGGCACCUGGGCUCUAGAGAUUGGGUUUGUUGGCAGUCUGCCACAGCGGGGAGUGCUGAAGGAGUGGACACUGAUGCUGCAUGGGACUCAGAGCGCACCAUAUAUAGACCAAAUAGUAAAAGAUUAUCAGUCCAAACUGGCCAUGUCCAAGAAGGAAGAGUUGGAGGAAGAAUUAGAUGAAGCAGUGGAGAGAAGCCUGAAGAGUAUACUGAGCAAGAACUAGUGCUGUUCUGCAUGACGGUGUCUUUCCUUCCCCAGAUCCCUCUACUCACCUUUCUACUAACCCAAACCUCUGUGUUAAGACAUAUUACAAUGAUUGUCUCUGUAGCCAAAUUAUCACACUUUCUUGAUUUUCAAGUCUUCUAUCUCAUCAAUAAUUAUUUUAAUUACCACCGAAGCAAUCCUUUUUUUACUCUAAACCACAAAUACACUGUCCCCCACCAAAUACUAUGUACAGUUUGUGACUGUAAAUGAUUUUUCUUUUGUGUCAUACAAAUA